AUGAUUGACAAAACACUGAAAUUCCUCGUGGGCCACGCCCAGGACUCCCCCUUAGCAUUCGUGGCGUACUUCGCAGCAGCCUCCGCCCUUCUAUACCUGCUGAUCACCGAGAUUCAAAGACACCAAGCACGCAUCCCGGGAUUUGAUGGCCCUUCCGGGCUGCCUAUGAUCGGUAAUAUCCAUCAAAUUCGCGUCAACGCAGCAGAGCAAUAUCGGCUGUGGUCCCAGAAGUAUGGCAGCGUAUACCAAAUUAUGCUGGGCAACAUCCCUGUCAUCGUGGUGAACGGCAGCAAAGCCGCGCGCGAGAUCUUCGGGGCAAAUUCUCAAGCACUGGCCUCUAGGCCCGAGUUCUACACUUUUCACAAGGUAGUGAGUUCUACAAGCGGGACAACGAUCGGAACCUCUCCCUUUUCAGAGUCUCUGAAGAGGCGAAGAAAGGGCGCAGCAUCUGCGCUGAAUAAACCGAGUGUGGCAACGUACAUCCCGCACAUCGACGUCGAGACACGGGAUUUCUUGAACGAGUUCCUCACUUAUGGCGAUGGCGGACGGACACCUGUUGACCCGAUGCCCAUGAUUCAACGCCUUUCACUGUCGUUGGCACUGACCUUGAAUUGGGGAACUCGCAUGGCGUCUCAAAACGACGAACUAUUUGGAGAAAUCACACACGUGGAGGAAGAAGUGUCCAAGUUCCGUUCCACCACCGGCAACCUGCAGGACUAUAUCCCGCUUCUUCGACUGAAUCCGUUCAGCUUCGGCAGUGCGCACGCCCGCGACAUGCGGCGCCGGAGAGACGUUUAUCUGAAGAAACUGAACGACGACCUCGACGACCGGAUGGCCAAGGGGAUCCAUCAACCUUGCAUUCAAGCGAACGUCAUCCUCGACAAGGAAGCGAAGCUCAACAGCGAGGAACUCAUCUCCAUUUCUCUGACCAUGCUCUCCGGCGGGCUGGACACGCUCACGACCCUGGUCGCGUGGUCGAUGGCGCUCCUCGCCCAACGGCCCGAGAUCCAACAGAAGGCUCUCGAGGAGAUCCGCAAGGUCUACCCGCAGGACCAGAUCCUCUGCGACGCGUAUGACGACCAAUCCAUCCCCUACAUCGUGGCCCUCGUCCGAGAGCUGCUCCGAUACUACACCGUGCUCCGGCUCAGCCUGCCCCGCGGCACAGUCAAGGACGUCGUGUACAACGGUCACACGAUUCCCGCGGGGAGCGUCGUGUUCCUGAACGCCUGGGCCUGCAACAUGGACCCAGAGGUGUGGUCGGACCCGUUCACAUUCCGGCCCGAGCGCUGGCUCGAGAACCCGGACGCCCCGCUGUUCACGUACGGCCUGGGCUACCGCAUGUGCGCGGGCAGUCUGCUGGCGAACCGCGAGAUGUACACCAUCUACCUGCGGCUGCUCAGCGCGUUCGAGAUCAAAGACGUACGCCCGGCCGACGGCGACGGCGUGGUCGAGACGCACCCCGUGAAAGGCGUGCAGGAUCAGACACAGCUGGUGAGCGUGCCGCGCCGGUACACCGUGCGGGUGGUGCCCCGGGACGAAGAGGGUUUGCGGAGGGCUUUGAACGAGUACGAUGAAAAGCACGCUUGA